CUCUGAACUAAGUUUUACGGCAAUCAUCUUCAUCCUGUGAGUUGAUUUUGUUUAAGCUUGAACCCCAAGCUACUAUAAACCCUACUCUUCCCUCUUCGAUCCGGUGCCAUGGCAACCAAUGGUCAGAGACUUUACUCUGUUCUCACGAGAAAAGAUGUUGGUGAGAAAAUGAUGAAAGAAAUCGAUCAGAUCUCCGAAGUCUUCUCGCUGUCGAAAUCCGAUGCAAUCGUCAUCCUAACCCAUCUCCGGUGGAACUCGUUUAAGGUUUCAGAUCGUUUGGGUGACGACAAGGAGAGAUUUCUGGCGGAAUUAGGGCUGGUUAGAGUUUCUGAUAUGAGUCAAGAAAACGAAUCAAUUGCUUGUUUUGCAGAUCAUAAGACCAAUUCUGAUGGCGUUGGAGAUUAUCUAGUCUCAACGCCCUUUUGUUCACACAAGUUUUGCAUAACUUGUUGGAGAGACUAUCUCAAUGAACUUCUGGAGAAGAAGAAGAACAACAACGAGGAAGACGGAGCAGUAGCAGUCCUCUGCCCUAACCCAGACUGUUCUGCGCCCGUUGGACCCGAUACGAUCGGAAAACUCACAGAGCCGGUGAAGGAGAUGUACGAGAGUUACGUCCUGGGAUCUUUCAUGGAGAGCAACAAGGACUCGAUCAGAUGGUGUCAUGCGCCGGGCUGUGACUACGCCAUCGAGCGUCAUGAGGAGGAUGUAUUGGUCGAAGAUGGUGAGACUUGCCUUGACUUUGGUGUGAUAUGUUUGUGUGGUCACAACUAUUGUUGGAGUUGCCAGCUCGAGCCACACCUACCCGUGACGUGCGAAAAUGCUGCUCUUUGGUGCAAUCGCACCUUGGAUGUGCUGAAGAACGUUGCUUGGAUCGCAGAAAACACCAAACCUUGUCCUCGUUGCAACACUCCCGUGCAGCGUGAUGCUAACUCUAACUUGAGAUUUAUGACUUGUAUCUGCAGUCAUAGCUUCUGUUGGCGCUGCUUUAAAUCAGAGGCAGAGCACAAGAGAAGAGGGAAGUGUGCUGAAGUCAAACCAAAGAAUGCGGAUUCUUCGGAGAUGUACACUCAUUACCUGAGUCUCUGGGAGUCAGGUCAUGAAGGUUUGGAGAAAUCCAAGUCCGAUCUCAAUUCCAUCGAGGAGAACGUCAUUCCAAGGCUAAUGGAGUGUGUAAGCCACGAAGACACCAUGGCUUUGAAAGAAGCCUGGCUUCUGAUGGUGCAGUGCAGACUUGUGCUCAAGUGGAGCUCUGUUUUCGAAUAUUUCAUACACGAGUACCAAAGGCUUGAGAAGCCGUUUGUGGAUCACCUGCGGAGAGAUGCAACCAUGACUAUGCUCAGGCACAAAGAAACUGUAGAGAAGGUGAUGAAUCUAGCCAUCUCAAGUGGAGAUUUCACUUUCUUCAAGCACAAAUUGGACACCUCCACAACGACAACCGGUAACUUCUUCCAUGAAUAUGUCAAGAAUCUUCUUAAAGAUGCUCUGCGUGAAGUUAAGGUUGAUUCUUCUGAGAAUGCAUCGGUCAGUUACUGGUUAUGCAAUCGCUGCAAGGUUAAGAACAGCUGGUCUGAUAGACAGUGUAAGAUGUGCUUUGUCCAUCUUGACUCUCCUAUUCCUCCUCCUCAUCCUAAUGUGGCUUUUGAUAACAAUUAACACCGCAAGUGUCUCAUCAACUAGUCCCAAACAAUCCAUUUGCGCGUCAAGGUGAAACCAAUUCAAUGGAAAUUUGAGUGAGAGUAGUGAUGAGUAAGAGGGGAUAUGUGUCAUAAGUGAUUGGUCUGUUUUCUGGUUUUAUGUAGCUUCUCAAUAAUUUCUUGUUUUGCUUUAUUUGUUUUCUGAUUCUCUUUCCAUUUUCCUUUCGGGUUUGUAAGGUGUUGAAACAUCAUCCAUCAUUAUUAUAUAAG